AUGGUCCGCCGUCUUGCGGUGUUGUUGGAAAAGAUCUUAUGUGUUCUAUCGAUCUCCAAUGGAGUGCUGUGGGAAUUCUUGAGCACUGGAAUCCAACUAGAUAGCAUCUUCUGGAGUAUAGUCUGCUUGGAUUCUCUCCUUCAUGCAGACCUGUUUGACCACUACGCACCUGGCGAUAUUUCUAUAGCUAACACUUCUUGGUUACAGACAUACAAGCAUCUCUCCAGCAGUUUGGGUUCCAUUAAUUAUAACAUUAUCCAAAACUGCCUGGCACAGACCCUGUACAACCACAUUCUGUACAUCUUCCCGCUGUCGGUGGCGCACUGGUACUGGCGCCCGGUGGACUUCCCGCUCGCUGCGCCUGAGCUGCCCAAGGUGCUUUUGGACGUUGCUGCCUGCCUCCUUAUUUUCGACUUCCAGUACUUCGUCUGGCAUCUCCUCCAUCACAAGGUGCCCUGGCUCUACCGAACCUUCCACAAAGUUCACAAGUACACGGCCACCUUCGCUCUUACAACUGACCAUUCGGGUGCCUGGGAGACCCUCUCGCUGGGAUUCUUCGCCGCUCUCAGCCCUGCCAUCCUGAACUGCCAUCCUCUAACCAGUUACCUCUUCUUUAUCGUCAAUAUCUGGCUGUCGGUAGAGGACCACUCGGGCUACGAUUUCCCCUGGUCCACGCACAGGCUGGUGCCCUUUGGACUGUACGGAGGGGCUCCUCACCAUGAUCUACAUCACAUGAAGUUCAAAACCAACUAUGCUCCCUACUUCACGCACUGGGACAGGCUCCUGGGAACCUAUUCCACACUACAUAAAAAGUCCCACUGAUUUAUUUCGAACUAACUUGGUGAAGAUAUUUUAAGAGACUAAUUUAGGUAUCAUAGACUCUUAAAUUUAUUGAGGAGCAUCACUGUGAUUUACCAUGAAAUCA